AUGUCUGGCCGAGGAAAGGGAGGAAAAGUUAGAGCAAAGGGAAAGAGCAGGAGUAGCCGUGCAGGACUUCAGUUCCCCGUUGGUCGUAUUCACCGGUUGCUCCGCAAGGGAAAUUACGCCGAGAGGGUUGGAGCCGGAGCCCCCGUUUAUUUGGCUGCCGUCGUAGAAUAUCUGACAGCCGAGGUGCUUGAGUUAGCCGGCAAUGCUGCCCGAGACAACAAGAAGAGCAGAAUCAUCCCCCGCCACCUUCAACUUGCCAUUCGCAACGACGAGGAAUUGAACAAACUACUCUCCGGUGUGACAAUCAGUCAGGGAGGCGUCCUGCCAAACAUCCAGGCUGUCCUUCUCCCCAAGAAGACACAGACCAGUAGCAGCAGCGGUGGAAAGAAAGGAGGCAAAAGCUCACAGAGCCAGGAGUUCUAG